CAGGGACGCGUCGCCUUACAACUCCAGUGGUGAGAAAAACAAAAACAAUUUUGUUCCUCUGGGGAAGACAAACAUGAAUGCCGGCGAAGACAACUUGCUGAAGUCCAUCAGCAACGACACGCUGCUCGACCUGACGCAGCGCUACGGCCAGUCCGCCUUCGGCUUCGGCGCUGGCCACGGUGCUGGAAGCCCCGGCCGCUUCCCGCUCACGCAAGCCGCCGACUUCCUCUCCAGCCAGACCAGCAAGUCGAACGAGAGCGGCGGGGAGCAGACCAGCGACGACGACGACGGUUUCGACACCCUGGAGUCCCGGAAGCGGGGCUCGGCGUUCGACGACGAUAAGCACGGGGGACCCCUGGCGAAGAAACCCAAGGAGCAGCGCUCCCUGCGCCUCAGCAUCAACGCGCGGGAGAGGAGACGCAUGCACGACCUGAACGACGCGCUGGACGGCCUGCGCUCCGUCAUCCCGUACGCUCACAGCCCCUCGGUGAGAAAACUCUCCAAAAUCGCCACGCUUCUCCUGGCCAAAAACUAUAUCCUCAUGCAGGCCCAGGCCCUGGAGGAGAUGAGGCGGCUUGUGGCGUAUCUGAACCAGGGACAGAGCAUCACCUCGCCGAUGCCCACCGCCUUGGCGCCCUUUGGACAGGCUGCCGUUUACCCUUUCUCGAGUUCGGCGCUCGCCACCUGCGCCGAGAAGUGUACUACUUUUUCCGGGACGCCCUCCACCCUCUUCAAACACUGCAACGACAAGCCUUGAUCCGAUUCGGUUCCGGUACCCGAACUUUUACCUUCUGCAUCCACG